CAUCCCGAAUUCACUCAUCAUCUUACUUUUCCUUUGGUCCAAAAACGCGUAUAGCUUAGCAUAUUCCACUGUUGCUAGCUAGUUCCAAAUCUAGAACAUGAAGAUGCAUCUUCUCGUAUUCACAUUCCUACUACAACUACAAGCCAUUGUUAUUCCAACUACUCUUGCACUCUCCAUUUGCAAGAACUCAUGUGGCAACAUUCCCAUAAACUACCCAUUUGGCUUAGAAGAUGGUUGCGGUGCACCCCAGUUCAGGAACAUGCUUAACUGCAGCACUAACUUGUUCUUUCAAACCCCUUCUGGUUCUUACAAGGUUCAAUCCAUCGACUACAACAAACAAACCAUGGUAAUCUACGACCCCGAAAUGUCCACAUGCUCCAUCCUUCAACCACACCAUGACUUGGUCAUGACAGAAGUUCAAACCGCCAUAAUCCCACCAUCACAAGACACCAUUUUCGUGCUCCUAAACUGCUCCAUAGACUCUCCAGUUCUCAACCAUUACAAGUACCUCUGCUUCAACUUCGAAGGCCACACUUGCGACGAGCUUUACGGCUCCUGCAACGCUUUCAGGGUGUUCCACUUGUCAACAACUAACAGUUCCCCACCGUGCUGUUUCACAAGCUACAACACCGUGAAGUUCAUGAGCAUGAAUAUAUUGGAUUGCACGCACUAUACGAGCGUGUUUGACACGGGAAAGUUGAGGGUGUGGGACCUUUGGAUUGGGUUUAUGGGAUUAAGCUUUCUUUUAGUGUGCCUGAUGUGGGGUGUGGAACUUGUGAGAAAUCUGGUGGGACUUGUGGCUUUGAUGCUGAUACACAAGGUUUCUUGUGUCUUUGCUCAAGCACUUCAAAUUCGACAAGAGAUUGUGCUGGUGGAAGCGUAAUAUCAAGGGGACAGAAGAUUGUUCCAUGGACACACUACUCCCAACUGGUUUCAUUUCUUGUAGUUGUAAUUGGUCUAAUUUACAAGGUUUAAGGCUCCCUUAAUACUUCAAAUUUAGUAGAUUUUCACUUGGUUUGUUUAUACUUAAUAGGCAGAGAGCCCCUGUGUAGUUGCAAGUUGUUUCCAUGGGGAAAAAGCAUAGUGGGUUUGCUACCAAAAUUGAAGGGAACCAUUCUUUGAUGCAAUUUGCUGUUCAAAUUAACCACCUUGUGUUACAAAAGAAAAACAUAUAUCACCACUUCAGCAAAGUCCUACAUUUUAUUUUA